AUUCUGAUGCCUGCUAGAUCAAAUAUUUUCUCUCCAUCAUGGGUAUAUCUGGUGUUCGCUAUCUGUAAUCUCUAGUUCAAGAUCUCAAAAUCAAAUUAACUCUCAAGUAGGUUUCUGAAGAUAAACAGCAAAACCUAUAACAAUGGCAGCAGAAACAAACGGCAUGAUCAAUAUGAAGCUGAAUGCGCAGUCUGGGAGCAGCAUCAUCUCACCAGUUAUUUUGAAGUCCAGUAUCAACUCCAUGCCAAUCACAAUUAAUGUGGAAUGUUUUGACAGGAGUGGUCAGAAAGAAGAACCAUAUGAACAAAUUAAAAUCCAUCAUAAAAAGUUCUUAACAAAAAAAUAUGAGUACAUCACUGAUUACACAUCUGUUGCAGGGGAGCGCAUUUACCUUCUUGAGAGAUUUACUGAGCUUUGGAUCACUGAUAAUGAAUAUAGCAAGCUUUAUAAGGAGCAUGAAAUAACAAAAAUUGAAUUAUCCGUACCUGGAUGUGGUGAGGCAUAUUUUAACUCUAUGAAAUGCCAUGAUAUUUUCAGACCCCUCGAAAGGCAACGGCAACUGAGAGUUGUUAUAACCAAAGGGAUUGCAGGCAUUGGGAAGACUAUUUAUAUAAAAAAGUUCCUCCUUGAUUGGGCAUUGAUGAAAGCACACCAGGAGUUUGAUUUUGUGUUUGCCUUUCAAUUUUGUGAACUCAAUCUAAUGUCUGAGGAAAGGUUAAGCUUGGUGCAGCUUGUGCAACAACAUUACCCACACAUGAAGCAACUGAGCACGACUUCUCUGGAAGAUUCUGCCCGCUGUCUGUUUAUUUUUGAUGGGCUUGAUGAAAGUCGCUUUUCCUUGGAGUUUGAAAACACCCCAGUGUGUUCUGAUAUAGCAAAGCUUCUACCUCUCCAGUCACUUUUGACAAAUCUCAUUAAAGGCAACCUCCUCCUUUCAGCAUCCGUUUGGAUAACAACACGCCCAUUGACAAUGAACCAAAUCCCAUCCUCCUACGUCGAUAAAGUGACAGAAAUACAGGGAUUCCAAGAUGAAGGAAAGAAAAUAUAUUUCUCGAGGAAAUGUCAGGACAGGCAACUGACAGACAAAAUUAUAAAACUGGUGAGGAAGAAACCCAGUCUUUGGAUGAUGUGCCACGUGCCUGCUUUCUGCUGGAUCUUGGCCACUGUUCUGGAACAUGUUUUCAAGUCACGCUGUGCUGAAGAAUUUAGUGGCGAUACAGUAACUGAGGUUUAUACCAAUUUGUUAAUUGUCAUACUAACAUACCACCAUCAACAUCGUGGUCAUGGAAAGGAAAAGGUUGGGAAAACCUUUCAGUUGUUUCAGUCUGAUCAGAUGGCACUAUUAAAUCUGGGCAGGCUUGCAUUUCAAUGUCUAAAGUCUCAAACCUUUGUCUUUUGUGAGGAAGAUUUAAAAUUCUUCAAUGUUGAUAUUUCAUCCAUCUUUAGUGGAUUCUGCAGAGAAUAUUAUAUUGAAUACACUCCUCUUUCCCACAAGCGUGUCUAUUCGUUCGUUCACACUACAGUCCAAGAAUAUUUUGCCGCCCUCUAUAUUUUUGUAUCUUAUCACAACGAGAAGCGCAACUUGAUGUCAUGCAACAUGCUGAGCCGUGUUUGGCAAAUCUUUCAAAAACCCACCUUUUUUCAGGUUUGUAAAAUUGCCUGCAAUGAGGCAAUUCAAAGUCACACUGGCCACUUGGAUCUCUUUCUACAAUUUCUCUGUGGGUUGGGGAAAAAUAGGAUUCAGAAGUGUCUACAAGGUCUCCUCAUCAACAUACAGGACUGGGAGGAUGACUUACGGAAUACCAGUAACUACAUAAAGGACCUGCUGCAUCAGGACAUCCAUCCAGAAAGGUGUAUCAACUUAUUUCACUGCCUGAAUGAGCUGAAUGACAAAUCACUCAUGAGCGAGAUCAUUAGGUCUGUCCAGCAUGGAGUGCUGUCCUCCCGAAAAAUGUCACUUGCUGAUUAUUCAGCGUUGGCUUUCGUUCUGAAAACAUCUGAUAUGAACAAGGAAGAAUUUGAUUUAUCUAUAUGUAGAACAACGCCGAAUGGCUUGAAAAGACUUUCACCAGUUAUUAAAUAUUAUGAAAAAAUUAUGUUAACAGGCACUAUUGUGGAUGAAGAAAUGAUUAGCUCCAUCAGUGCACUCCUGCUCUCUACUAAAAAUCAAACCAAGGUGUUAUGCUUGAUGAAUAACACACUGGGAGAUUUGGGCCUGAAAAAGUUGGCUGCUGCACUGAUGAGCCCAAGCUGCAGGCUAGAAACAUUAAUUCUAGGUAGAAAUGAUCUCACAGAACAGUGUGGUGAAGACUUGAUUUCAAUUGUAAGGACAAAUCGGAUUCUGAAAAAGUUAGAUCUGAAAUACAACCGACUGAAAGAUGCAGGAGUGAAGAAGCUUUCUGUUGCAUUGAAGGACACUGACUGUGAGACUGAAACCUUGGGGUUGUGGGACAAUGAUUUUACAUACUGCUGCUGUGAGGAACUGGCCCUUGCUCUGAAAACUAACCAGUCAUUGAGAAACCUGGACCUUGGAUGCAAUGAAAUUGGUGACCUUGGAAUUAAACUACUGUGCACUGCAAUUAAGAAUGAUGGCUGUAAAUUAGAGAAAUUAGAAUUACGCCAAACUGGUUUAACAGAGGAAUGCUGUGAAUAUUUCUCCUCCACUCUCAGAACAAGCCAGAGACUAAUACACUUGGAAUUGGGUUACAACAAUCUUGGAGAUGUAGGCAUACAGCGACUAUCUGAAGCAUUGAAAGAUCCCAACUGUAAAUUACAAACUCUGGGUCUGUAUCGAAACAACCUGACAAAUGCUUGCUGCCCAGAUCUUGCAAGUGCCCUCAUAGCUAGCUCUACACUGACUGAGCUCAACUUGGCUAGCAACAACCUACGAGAUUCAGGAGUGAAGUCACUUGUUGCAGCCCUGAAGGAUAAUCAUUGUGCUAUACAGGUAGUAAGUUUAAAGGGCAAUGGUCUGACUGCUGCUUGUUGUGAGGAUAUUCUUUCUGCCUUGAGAGUGACACAAACACUAAGACAGCUGAACCUCCAAUGCAACAACCUGGGAAAUUCUGCCAGUAACUUGCAGCACUUUGCACAACAAUCCAAUUGUAAGAUAGAGUGGAAAACAGCUUCAUUCUGAUUGAUUUGUUGUGUGCAGCAACUGUAUCCACUGGAAGAUAAUGAAUAUUCUACAUAUAUCCUCUACAGUAUGAGAACAUGUGCAAUCUUUAUAAUGCUGAAUACAAAAUGCAGAUAAGAAUAAAUGCUUUGCAAGAAAAUAGAAAAUCUAUAUACUGUAGCUUUGAUUAUUGUGCAAGGGAUUCAAUGUUGUAAAUAAUAAUGUAUAACAUAUAAAUACAGAGCAACAUUACAGGAAGUACUCUAUAUUUGAAUGGAUGGUGUGUGUAGUUUAUAUUAUAAAUGGAAACAUACUGACUAUGAAAUUGACACUAUAAUUUGAAUUUUGGUUGUCCAUAGAAGAAUAUAUUGUGACAUUAACAUAAAUAUGAAUAAAUGUGAGGUUAUGCCCAUUGGUGGCAAGAACAGGAAGGCAGAUUAUUAUCUGAAUGGUGUCAGAUUAGGAAGAAGGGGAGGUGCUACAAGACCUGGAUGUCCUUGUACAUCAGUCACUGA